GCACAGGGUGUGUGGUGGGCCAGAGGGGCCAAUCAGCAGUUUUUUGCCCCUGUGGCCCCGUAACAGGUGUGAAAUAACUGAGAUGCCCUAACCUGCACUGCUUCUUACAUCUAGAUCAGCUGCAAUGAGUUUUUUAUUAUUGUGCAUGAAUGUGUCGCGGUGCUGAGGUCCAUAAACGAACCGAAGUUAAUGAAAAGCAGCACAUGUGAUCUGCAGCUGCUGCAGGGAGAAGGAAGCGACUCAGUUCACACGUUUCAAGGCGGCGGAUGUUUGACAUACCUGGAUUUUAAGCUCAAGUCGUGUUCUGAGGUUUCAGGCGCCUUGCUUUUCUUCUUCAGUGUCAUGGUGACACCAGCGAAAAACCACAAAACCACGGAGGGACCUGAGCUGACAAAUGGGACGGAAAAGGUGAAAACACUGAGGCAUUUCCCUCCGUAUGGAAGCGUGAAUGGAAGCUCAUCAGGAGACAGCUGCCCCACAUGUCGUGGCACCGGGCGAAUUCCAAGAGGCCAUGAAGAUCAGCUGGUUGCUGUAAUCCCAUGUAAUGACGUAAGGCUGAAACCCAGACGCACGAAGCUGUAUGUGUGUGUCUCCAUGGCCGUGUGUCUCCUCGUUUGCUGUCUGAUCCUCUUCUUCCUCUUCCCCCGGAGUGUCACCCUGACGCCUGUGUCUGUGCUGUCAGUCAUGGUCUACUUCACCCCAGAUACAGUUGAGAUGGAGGUCAUAAAUCUCAUCAACAUCAGCAACGAGAACUUCGUCCCAGUUCAGAUUGUCGAGUUCAGCGUUCAGGGUCUGGUCUCUGAUGCCGUUGUGGGUAAGACCAAGAUCUCUAAUAUGACCGCCCUCCAGUCCCGCUCACAGAAAUCGUAUACCAUUAAAAUUUACCUGCCCAUCACUGAUAAAGGCUUAAACUCUUACUGCAAGUCGAGCACUAUCAAGAUUCACACGUUGUUUCUGGAGCUGCAAAUGACAAUGAAUAUUUCCUAUCUCUCCCACACGGAGCAGCUGUCUCUGGACACGUUUGAAUAUAUUGACUGUGGCACCAAUUCAACAAUCCCACAUCCUGUGAGAUGAUGAAACCGAAAUGAAAAACACCCACGUGGACCGUGACAUCAUGAAUAUUCUGGCUGCAUCGCGCCUUCUCUCUUCUGUUGGGAUGUGAAUUUGUGAAUGAUGACUACUGUGAAAAUCCAUCUUCUCAUAUUCUGUAUGUUGUUUUAGCAUACCUUUAAUCAAUCACUACAAUAUUAUAGUUUAAAGCUAUUGAUGCUUCAGAUGCUCUUAUUUGUAUGUAUGUGAAUGAUUUCUGCUUUCUUAUUUGUUUGAAAUUCACCUGCAAAUCUAUAUUACAGGCAAACACACAAUUUCUUACAUGCAAUGUAUGACUAAUGCUAAGAAUUUAACUAAUUACACAAUGUUUUUGGAAACAUCUUAUUUUUUGACAGAUAUUGUGUAAAUAGGAUGAUAAUCUCUGAUCUGAUGAUCUUUUGUCAUUUGCACUUAAUUCAACUGGAAUUUUAGGUUCUGUAUGUGAGAUUUUCACUUUAUAAAAUGUUCCUUUCA